ACUGCGGACAGUACAGGGAUGACCAGAGACUGCGGACACAGUACAUGGAUGACCAGAGACUGCAGACACAGUACAGGGAUGACCAGAGACUGCAGACACAGUACAGGGAGUGACCACUGCGGACACAGUACAGGGAUGACCAGAGACUGCGGACAUAACAUAGUUGACCAGAGACUGCAGAACAGUACAGGGAUGACCAGAGACUGCGGACAUAGUACAGGAGAUGACCAGAGACUGCGGAAAGCACAG